CUCAGGGAGCACUAGGGCGGGGCCACAGCGGCGUUUGAAAGGAAGGCGCGCACGACCUGAGCGGCGGUUCGGCCAGCGACUGGGAUGUCGGUGUUGCGGCCUCAGGACCAGCUGCCGGGCCUGAACGCGGCCACCAUCUUGCUGGUGGGCAAGGAGGAUGCUCUUCUGCAACCGCUGGCCGACUCGAUACUCAAGGAGGACUGCGCCUCCACGCUGCGGGUUUUCUUGUUUUCCAGCCACUUGGCACAUUCCCUCCCUCUGCCCUCCGAUGUGAAUCGCCCCCGAAUUGACCUGAUUGUGUUCGUGGUCAACCUUCACAGCAAAUACAGCCUGCAGAACGUGGAGGAGUCCCUGCGCCACGUGGACGCCGCCUUCUUCCUGGGGAAGGUGGGCUUCCUGGUCACCGGCGCCGGGCGGGACAGCCACUGCAGCGUCCACCGGAACAGCGUGCAGAAGCUGGCCCGAGCCUACCGGAGCCCCCUGCUCUUCUGUGAUCUGGAGGUGGAAAGCUUUCGAGUCACCAUGGCGCAGCGUCUGGUCCGCAUGCUGCAGAUCUGUGCUGGCCACGUGCCCGGCGUCUCGGCCCUGAACCUGCUGUCCCUGAUGAGGAGCUCAGAGAACCCCUGCCUGGAGGACCUGUGAGGUCCUGGGCCAGGGGUCACUUCCCCACAGGACCCUAACUCUGUGCUCCCGCAGGAGGGCUCGGGGGAGCCCCACGGGCGGAGCAGCCCACGCCCACGCCCUCUCCAGCGGAGCCUGUCUCUUCCCCUCGGACUCGGUCCAUUUCCACUCAAGACUUCAUUUGAACAAAGAGUCUGUGACCAAAAACAGCUAGAAAUUCAUUGGU